CCCAUACGUCCGUGACACCUGCGUGAUAAAAUUGCUAAGAUAUCAUGUCUGCAUGAACCCUGAAAGGCAAAAGCUAACGCAAAACAAACAAAGGUGAAGCAAACAUCAAGAGUGUGCGACGUUCAGAUCAUUUAUCUAUCAUGUCUUCAAAGUUACUCACGUCAACGGUAAAUGCAUCGACAUCUGCAAGAUAUAAUCCAACUAGCCCCAAAGCGUCCAUUUAUAUUCCUUUUGGACAAAGUGGAUCUGGAAGCUAUGGAUCAACUCUUGGAAAACUGCAUGCUGGAUAUACAGAGCCAAUACAAUCCAAAGUCUUCAAAUUAGCAUUGUCCAUUCCUUGUCAAAGUGGUUCAGUGUUCAACAUAGGAGACUAUGGCACAGCAGAUGGUGGCACUUCUAUGGUCUUUCUGGGGCAACUGAUAACACUUCUGAAACAACAACAUGGUCCUGACGCCCAAUUCCAGGUUAUUUAUGAAGAUCAGGGCGAAAAUGACUUCAAAUCGCUGUUCAAGCGAUUGGCUGGAAUUAUCCCCGAUCCGCCUUCCUACCUUAUUGAAAUGGAUAACGUUUAUGCUCUUGCUUGCGGGACAGACUUCUACAAACAAUGUGUACCUUCACAUUCCAUGCAUUUCAUCAUGUGCAUGAUGUCUGUACAAUGUCUUUCCAAACUGCCAACAGUAUAUAAGGAUUCCGUCUACAUUUGUCACGAGAGCCCCGAGGACGAAAAGGAAGCUUUGAGGAAACAGGCCCAGUUGGAUUGGGAGAGAUUCUUGCUGAUGAGGAGUAGGGAAAUGAAAGAAGGGGGUGUACUUUUUGUUGGUGCUCCUGCUGAAUAUGUGCAUCAAAAGACUGGUCAAAAAAGAUUUUGCAACGACACGUUAGUGACUCUCAUGACUGACGUAUGGAAAUCAUUCACAAUCUCUGGUAAAAUCACAACACAAGAGUUCAUUGAUACAAAUAUAUCAUGCUGUGUGAGGAACUUGGACCAGAUGAGAGAACCAUUUGUGACGGAGAAGUCUCAAGUCGUUGAAUCGGGAUUGCGUCUCUUGUCUUCAGAAUUGAUUUUCAACAAAAACAUCUUCUACUCUUCCUGGAAGCAGAAGAAAAACGACGAGGGAAUUGACGACAGGGAUGGAUUUGCCAGGGCGAUGGUAUCAGCCCACAGGAACUGGAGCAACCACAGCUUCAUGGACGGUCUCGCAGAGUCCCGCUCACUGGAAGACAAGGCGAAGAUUGUAAACACCAUGUAUGCUAAUGUCACCACGGAAAUUGCAAAAAUGGAUCCUGAACUGUUUAAGGAUGAUAUUUGUACCAUACAUGUUUUGAUCAAGAAGGUAUAAGUAUGAGUAAAGGCUCUUGAAUAUGUUUCUAUUUGUCUAUCCAGAGAUUGUGAAAGGACCUGCAAUUUUGUCCGUUGACUUUAUGUCGAGAUAAACUUGCUGGAGAAUGGUUUGUCUAGUUAUAAUUUUUCUGUACAGUGGAAGUACUCAUCAUAUAUAUUGAUAUAAAUUAAAAUUUUCGAGGACUUGGAAGAACAAAAAAUUAAUUGAAUCAUGUAAAGAGAACGAUUGCUACAUUAAUGAUGAUCGAAAUAGCAUUCAAUGUGGUAAUUUAUUGUGUGGUACAUAUCGAUAUUGCUGGAAAU